AUGUCGCGGUGGCCUUCUACUAUUACAGGCUGCGCAAACAGCGCGCCGGACAGGCCUUUGACGUUUCACUGGCUGCGACGCGCCCGCCAUCGGGUUGCGCAGAUUAAAAAGGCGGGAAACGGCGUGAAGGAGGCACAAGCUUUGCGCACGGAUACUUGGGGUUGUGGUCAAAAGAAUAUGCAUAAGCAAAAUUAUAUCUCCGCACGAUGUAACGAGACGGACUGCGGAGCCAUUGCAAACAUCACCCAAACUCCGUGGCCGUGUAAACAGAGCGGUCCCAUUUCGCGGCAGUGUCCUACGCAACCCGUUCUGGGGGCAAACAUGGCCAUCUGUUUGCACGUCUGCUUGCCUGUUUGCGCAACUCGUUCCCUGGUGGCGCGCUCUGCUACAGCCAAUCAUAAAGUCGUUCCAACCAUAGACAAUACCCCGAAGCUCAUGAUCCCGCCGGCGGAGUUCAGCAGCCAGGGUGUGGUCGGCAGCCCGCAGGACGGUCUCCGGACGCCCUCCGGCAGCCAGAUGCUGGCCAACCCGCUCCUCAACCUGAACAACACCGGCCGCACCAACUUCACCAACAAACAGCUCACCGAGCUCGAGAAGGAGUUCCACUUCAACAAGUACCUCACCAGGGCGCGCAGGAUAGAGAUCGCGUCCGCGCUGCAGCUGAACGAGACCCAGGUGAAGAUUUGGUUCCAGAACAGGAGGAUGAAGCAGAAGAAGAGGAUCAAGGAGGGCCUAAUCGUGGCGCCCGACGCGGCCCCGACCGCGUCCCACCCCAACCCCAUAGGCUCGAGUGAGAACAGCCGGGAGUCUAGC